AAGCCCAAACCAAUUUCGCCUUCCCGACGGUACGGUUCGACAGCGGUGUCCGGUGUCCAACUAGUGCCAGAGUGUGUGUGUGUGCACCGAAAAAAAGAAGAAAAAUCGAAGUGACAGCAAAAGCAAAAGAAAAGACAAGCUGAGCAAAGUACUAUAGAGAUAUUACUUAAAAUUAAACUUUGAAACAGAAACAAAACAGUUGGAUGAAACGAAACAGUAAAAACAAGCGCAAGAGAACUUUAUUUCAUCAUCUCAACUUUUAAAAAAGAAAAAAAUAAGAGAAAAGGAGGAAAAAUGUGCAAAAAGGUGCAAAAGCGCUGAUAACACCCCAAAGCAGAAAGGGGUGGGCAGAAUACACAAGCGAACGAAAAGAAAAGACAGAAAAACUCUCCCGAUAGACAAACAAGUGCAUUUUUGUGUUUGUGUGUGCGUGUCCAGACUGUGUGACUCUUAGUGCCCGCGCGGGUGUUUGUGUGUGUGUGUGUGGUACCGUUCGUGCGUGCGUGCGUGAAAAACUAGUUUUCCACAUUUUAUUUUCCUCGCGCACUCCACAAGCCACCCUCUCUUUCCGUUUGUCCCACCAGCAGUCUCUCUUUUUCUCUUUCUAUCGACACACACACAAGCUGUCAUCUGGUAGGAUUAUCAGUCUCUCUCGCUGAAAAAAAAACAGUUAAAACGUAAGAUAGAGGGGGGAGGAGGGCAGUGGCAGCAGUGUGCAACUCGCACGUGUGUGGGUGUAUAUGUGCGGAAAAUCAACGCACUAUCAGCAAGACGAGCUUCCAGCCCGGUAGGACAAGGGAGCUGCCCUACACCACACCACAUACACAUACGGACCAUGUCAUGCGUCAUGAUGGAGAAAGCGAAACGGCAUAACACGUUGCUCGCUGCACGAGCUCACUAAGCAGCCGUAGGGCGCAGCUAGGAAAGCGAACCAAAGGAAAAGAGGAAAAGAGACGCUUGACAAUAGCGCACAUGUAUGUGCAUGUGUGUGUGCGCCCGCGCACAGGUGAAAACGAGUAGAAACGAAAGCCUGACAGCCUGCGCCUCUCGCACGCAACCGACAGCGCGGAGCGAAUUUGCGUUGCGCGCGCACACCCGAUUGCAUCGUUAGAAGCGCGUGCGAGAGAGAGAGAGAGAGAGAGAGCGCCAGCGCAUUGAGCACUUUUUGGAGACAAAAUUGAGCAAACGGUGAGAUGGCGCAAGCAGCAGCAGCAGUAGUAGAAGCAGCAGCAGCAGAAGCAGAAGCAGAAGCGGUAGCACCACACUCGACCAGUAUUAGUGCACACGCGGGUCCGUGAAAACGGCAGACGGACACGGCACCGGGUUUUGAACGUUUUUGUUCCAUCUCACGGCUCACCAUUCUCGCUCCCUACCAGGCCACCAACAAACCUAUUUGCACCAUAGACCCAUCUGGCCUGUUCGAUAUACGGCGGUGUGCAGACGCGUUUCUGUCUGCGUGUUUUUAUUUGUUUCCGCGCCGAUGAUGUGUGUGGUGCAGUGCUGAUGUGAGGGCAUCUGCAGGAAGAAGAAGCACUCGCCUGCCAGUCGCAAAAUCACGAACACGAGACCACCCCAAACCAAUGUGUAUGUGUGCCCCGAACAUGUAAACAUUCCAACAAAUAAACACACACACACACACAUCCUCCACACGUACAGAGUGCCUAAUCAGUGCUUCCGGUGUGUGCGUGCGUGCGUGCGUGCGUGCGUGAACGGUGUGUGCCCUGUGUCGCCCCAAUCACAAAGGGAAAGGAGAGAGAGAGAGAGAACAAACGCGCGCUAGAGAGAUAGAGAGAGAGAGAGAGGGAGAGAGAGAGAGAGAGAGAGAGAGAGAGCGAGCGAACAAAACAGAGCGAUAACAACGCCCCAAAAGGUGCGCGGUCCGUCAGUAAUUGGGUCGCGAUCGGUGUAGUCAGACGAGAAGUGUGGCAGCGGACAAAGAGCGAGAAAGAAGAAGAAGAAAUAUCAAUCAGCAAACACAGCCACGACAGUAGCCCUCCCACACAAUCAUCCCCUUCUCUUCCUUCCCCCUUCCCUACUCACACACACACACGCACACAAAUCAUAUCAUCAUCAUCGCCAAUCUGUUCAUCUUGUCCCCACUCUCCCAGUCUACUUACUAAACGGUACAACAAAACAAAGCAACAUACGCGCGCACACACACAUACAAUACAUAUAGACACAAACACACAUCCACACAUACAUAGAUACAGACGAAACGAUGUGCUUUGCUGCGAGACCAACGGUUGUUUUUGGCACGCUGAAGAACAAGAAGAAGAACAACAGCUGGUUUCGCCCUUUUUCGAUGCGCUGAUCGUGUCCGUGGGUGGUGGCAGCCGAGUUCGAUUAGAAGCAGCACCUCACCUCACCCUUACACACACAAGCACACAUAGCACUCACAGCACACCCAUACACACCAAGCGCACCAACACCAUACCGUUGCACCAUCCAUUCGCCCCACGUAUAGAGGGAAAAAAAGAACCGUCCUACUACCGUAUUCCCCUUUCUUUGCCCGGCUCCCCUGUUCCCAAACACGCACACGUACAUUCCCCCCGGAUUCCCCCCCCCCUCCUACCCCCCUCCCCCUACUGGUCCAGUUGGGCUUCAUCGAUUUGGAAGUUUUGAGGCAGAAAUUGGAUUUUGCAAAAGCCAACGCGCGCGGUACGCGGAGAAACCCAAAAACGAGUGUGCGUGUGUACGGCGGCGCGCGCGCGCGCGUGUGUGUGUGUGGGUGUGGGAUCAAGGCAAAAAAAGACAACACAGCCCUGUUCGAAAAGCAUCAUUGCUUGACCGACCACCCUUCUCCAUAUCCACCAUCCCCCGCGGUCCCCUUAUCGGCCCACACGUACAACCCUUCUGCCCACCCGCACACGCACGCACGCUUGUGUGUGUGUGUGCGCGCGCGCGUGGCGUGUGGUGGCUGCGUGCGUGCGUGCGGAGUGGAGACAGCGGUGGCAGCGUCGGCGGCAGCGGCUGUGGCUGCUGUUAAGUGCACGUCAAGAUGAAGAAGUUCACCUUCAAGGGCGUGCUGGACGGGUUUCGGUCGUCGGUCAAUCAGCAGUCGGCGGCGGGCGGCGGAGCGGCCAAAAUCUGCGUCGAGCAGGAGAUACAGGAAACGCUCCGAUCGGAACAUUUUCAGCUCAAAAAGACUUUCCGCCAUGGAUUCCCCUACUCGCCCACGGCGCUUGCGUUCGAUCCAGUCCAGCGAAUUCUGGCCGUCGGCGACAAGUUUGGCUCGAUGCGACUGCUGGGCAAGUUCGGCGUCGAUGCGCACGUGAAGCACGAGGGCGAGUCGGCCUGUGCCGUCAAUCUGAUCGAGUUCCUGGUAAACGAGGGCUGCCUGGUGACGGCUACGGCCGACGACACGCUUCAUCUAUGGAAUUUCCACACCAAAAUCCCGAAGGUGGUGCAGAGCCUGAAGUUUCAGCGGGAAAGAAUAUCUCGUCUGCAUCUGCCCAUCGGUACCAAGUGGCUGUACAUUGGCACGGAAAAGGGUAACACGCACAUCGUCCACGUCGAUUCGUUUACCCUCAGCGGCUACGUUAUCAAUUGGAACAAAGCUAUCGAUCCCAUUCGCAAGACGCACCCUGGCGCCGUGGUUCACCUGUCCGAUAAUCCGCUGGAUGCAAACAAGCUGCUAAUAGGAUUCGAGUCCGGUCAAUUAGUGCUGUGGGAUAUGAGAGGCAAAUGUGCGGAAUUUCGCUGGCUGUCGCAGGAGCCGCUCAGCUCCUGCUCCUGGCAUCACGAAGGGAAACACUUCAUAACAUCACACACCGACGGUUCUUUAUGUACGUGGCCUUUGAAACUUUCACCAAAACCCUUAACUCAUAGUUUUCCUCACGCUAAAACGAACAAAGAAGGAAAAACGGAAAGCUGUAACUCUAUUCAAAAAGUGGAAGUGAAAACGAAUAGAAUAGGCGAUCAAUUUACCAUUUUCUCGGGCGGUCUGCCGACGGAAAAGUGCAGUCCGAAGUCGCACUGCAUUACCGUGAUGGUGCAGGGCAAAUCGACGACCGUCCUGGAGAUGGAGCACAGCGUGGUCGACUUCGUGACUAUGUGCGAGAGUCCGUGGGGCAGCGACCUGCAAGAACCGUACGCGGUCGCGGUGCUGCUACAGAACGAUCUCGUACUGAUCGACCUGCUGACGCCCGGCUAUCCCACGUUCGAGUCGCCUUAUUCGAUGGACCUGCACGAGUCGCAGAUCACCUGCUGUACCUACCUGGCCGACUGUCCGUCCGACCUGGUGCCCGCGUUCUACUCGGUCGGGCGGAGCGCGGCGACCAACCGGCGUUCCGGCUACUCCGAGCGUGAGUGGCCGAUCAACGGGGGCGAAUGGCAGCCGACCAGCUGCAGCUACUCGGAGAUCAUCCUCACCGGCCACCAGGACGGUUCGAUCAAGUUCUGGGACUCGAGUGCCGGCACGCUCCAGGUGCUGUACAAGCUGAAGACGUCGAAGAUCUUCGAGAAACCCCGAGUGAGAUCGAUGGACAGUGGCGAGGAGGACCCGUUGGCCAUCUCGAUGAUGUCCUUGUGCGCGGAAUCGAGAAAGCUUUGUGUUGCCUGCAACUGUGGUUAUGUGGUGCUGUUCAAAUUCCGGAGGGCCGAAAGCACCGGGGACAUUGUGGUUUUGGACAUCCCGUUCACCAUGGAAACUUUUACCGAAUUUGAAGGCAGUCCCGAAUGUGAGUUCAUACCAAAAUCACUGCCAAAAACCGUUGACUCUACGGAGAGCGAUAAGAAGAACUGCAGUUUGUUGAAGGUAAAAACUGGACCACAGCGAAAACCGCCCGGGUUUCAGGCUCAGCUGGUAUGCGUUCCGUCGUGGGCGUGCGGCAGUGUACAGAUCACUGCGCUCACCAUCAACUCCAACUACGGACUCAUGGCGUACGGUAACGAGUACGGCUUGACGAUAGUGGACAUCGUGAAGAAGACGUGCGUGCUGAACCUGUGCACACAGGAGAUGUACGGCGCGCAGGACCCGUACUCGCGGACGCCCCGGAGUCCGAAGCGUUUGGAAAACAGUCAAUCGAAGGACGAUUCAUUGCGUUCCCCUAGUAUAGAUCAGCCUAGCCACGUUGUGCCGGAGGCGCAGGCGACGGUGGUCGUCGGGCCGGUGGAUGAGGCGGCCAGUCCAUCGUUGGCGGUCCCACCCUGCCCGACCGACAGCCCUGCGGUCCCGCUCGCUCCCGUCGUUACCUUCGCGACCUGCGGCGGCCCUAGUGGUACCGCCGGUAUUGUGGCGACCGAGCGGAAGGAGGAAGGCCUCGAGCAGGAAAGCAAGCCGAACAACGUAAUUAUCGCGCCGGGAGGGAACCAGCCGACGCAGGAGGAACCGCCGCCGUCGUUGGGGUUGGUCGUUGGGGUGUUGGCAAUGCCGCCAGAGGGUUUGGGGCAACCGCCACCAGCACUACCACUACCGCCACUACCACCUGCAACGGUGGAAGAGGAAGAGCCGGCGGCGGUGGCGGCGGCGGCAUCGUCAGGAAUAGCAGCAGCGGCAACACCAGCGCAACGGCGUGCAAAGAAAUCUUUCAUUGAAUCCCUACCGCUGCCCAAAUGGUUGCGGAGCCUAAAUAAAUUGGAUAACUCAUUCUCGAGAUCUCGUUCAUCUUCUAUGUCAAGCUUAGAAAAUAAUGCAAUGGAGGCUGUGACUUGUUUGGCUUUUGCCGAUAGUUAUGUAAAAAAAAGCGAUCCCUCAAUGGCGUUGCCUACUGCAUGGUUGGGAACCAGUUUAGGAUCGAUCCUAACCAUCUCUCUAUCCAUUCCGGAGAACGAUUUGAGGAAAGCGAACGUGGUCCAGACGGCACCUACCGGAGCCAUGUUCCGGCUAAAGGGGUCCAUCCUUUCGAUGUCGCUGCUCGACUGCAACGGGGCACUCAUACCGUAUUCGUUCGAAAGCUGGCGCGAAGAUUCGAAAGACAGCAAAGAGAAGAGAGAAAGGACGCCAACCAAGACAUCAUCCACAAAGAUGAGCCCAACCAAUCCAGACGGUUUGUGCGAUCGGCAGUUUAUUGCGAUUGCGAGCGAGAAGCAGGCGGGCGUGUUUGCGCUACCGAGCCAGAACUGCGUCUACCGGAAGAAGCUGGUCGAUUUCGAUUUUAUUGUAAAGGCAGAAAUCAUUAGCAUGAAGGAUAGUGUCUGUCUGAUAUGCUACGCUUCGAACGGGCAUCUGAUGGUGUUUACCCUGCCCAGCCUGAAACCUUUGCUCGAAGUUGAUUUUCUUCCAUUGGCUGAUCUAAGUUUCCAAACCAAGUGUAAACAGGGCGUGGUGGAUCCAAUGCUAUCCAUUUGGGGGCAACAACUUAUAGUCAAUGAAGAUUCGAAUGUGAUUUCACGGACGUUUAGCUUUAGUAACAAGGGCCACGGAUUGUAUCUAGCCACACCCACCGAAAUCCAAAAAUUUACUGUUUGCCAAGAAUUCAGCCACCAAUACAACAAUAUGCUUGGCGAUCUCUACGUACCUCAUGAAAUGCCGGAAGCACCGAAGGAGAGCUUCUUCAAAGGACUGUUCGGCGGAGGCAUGCGCAACCUCGACCGAGAGGAGCUCUUUGGCGAAUCGAGCGGCAAGGCGAACCGGUCGGUGGCGAAACACAUUCCCGGCCCGAACGCCGACAUCCAGGCGCUGAACGCGCGGACGACGUCCGUAACGUCCGAGAUCGGCAAGGCGCACCAGCUUAUGCUCGAGCGCGGUGACAAGCUGAGCCAGCUGGAGGAGCGCACCGAGCGGAUGGCGAACGAGGCGCAGCAGUUCUCCAGCUCCGCCCAUCUGCUGAUGAACAAGUAUAAGGACAAGAAGUGGUACCAGCUGUAAGCUCAACAUCCUCUCGCAACCGUCCCCGCACACCUGUCGUCAGUCUGACCGCGAUGCGAGGACGCAUGCUUGCGACACGCAACGCGUGGUGUUACGCGUUGCGCUCACAACCAUGCGCCACAAACUCGAUAGAUUUGGUAGCUUACAGGGCUACGGCGGGGAGGAAGGAGAACGGCGUUGACAUGGAAGGAAGGUGAAGGCAUCCCAAACUCAACCCCCCUCCCGUCGAACAAUUAAACCGGGCGCGUUCGACGCCAGUGGGGGUGGGUUGUAGGGGUUUGUCGGGAGCAGAUUUUGUUUGAAUGGGAAGCGAAAAAAUCAACGCUCCCCAACCCCUCCUCUCCCUGCUCCAUCACUCUUUCCUUCAACUAAUACAACCCUGUCUCACCAAGCAAGCACACAUGUUACACAAUGCAACAAUUGAAAUGGAUGGUGGGUUAGGAGAGAAAGGAAAAAAGAAAAAGAGAUAUAUAGAGAGAUAGAGAGAGAGAGAGAGAAUGAGAAAGAGAUAGAGAGAGAGAGAGAUAGAGAGAGAGAGAAAGGGAGAUGCCAGCGAUGAGGAAAAGUCACAUUCUCUCUUCCCAGUGCGCAAAAAGGAAAGCGAGCGCGUGAACGGUUGGAGAAAGACAGGGAGGGGUGGGAAGUGACUACAUACCGUAAAACAUUGUGUUUACUUGUUGAAAGUUUUAGAGCAUAUGCAUUGAUAAAAAGGGAGAACAAAAAGGAGCAGAGCUGGAGAAAGGUUAAUAAGCAAACAAGCGAGCAGCAGCAAACAACAGCAAAGAACAGGAGGAACAUGUUAUAUUAAAUUAUUUUUUUAACUUAAUUACAAACAAGCCAACAAGCAAGCAAAGCAACGCAAAAGUGGAAGAAGCAAAGCAAGAAGAAACCAAGUCAUUACUCAGUAAAACAGCAGCUAAAAAACAACAAACCGAAGAACAAUACCAGGUAGGGGAGCAGAAAAAGAAGCUAAUAAGAGAGCAGAAGAAGAAGCAAAGAAACAAAAAACACACGUAUUUAAGUGAAAGUGUUUGCCAGGCAGUUUUCGGAUCACAAGUGGUGGCGCGCCAAAUAAUUAAACAUAAAAGGGGUUUUGCCAGCAUCUAAGAAUUAUUAAAGCAGAAACAAAAAAAAUCGCAAGCAAAAACGACACAAAAAGAGCAACAAUAAGGGGUGCUAAACAAAGAUAAAUAAAAGUUCGAAUGAAAUCGCGUGUGUGCGUGCGUGCGUGCAUACGCGUGCUUGCGCCCCGCCAUUUGUCUCCGCCGGCAAUUUGCAAAGCACUUGCGCCUGCAACCGAUCACUCAACCCCCCCCCCCCCUCCAACACCCCACCCCUUCUCAGGGGUUUGAGGGGCGGCUCUGGUGGCGGUGUACGAGCGCGUGGGCCCCGGAGAAGCGGAGAAGAAGCAAAAUGAGAGGAAGGAAAAAGAAAGAAACGUGGGGAGGUCGAAGAGUUACCGACGGUGAAAUUACUGCGCGUUGCGUAUCAUUUGUACAUAGAACAUUUUGAUAUGACGUGUACUGUACAUAUGUUGAGAAAAAUAGCUAUUAUUGAAAAAAAAACAAAAAUGAGAGUUUGUGUAUUAUUUCUCGAUUUCUCGGGAGAACGGAAGAUUCUACCCUGAGAAAUGGCUCAAAUGGUGAUGACGUUUGCUUAUCCAGGUGUACCCCAUCCGCCCAAGUGAAGAGCUAUCGGAAGCCAAUAACUUAACGCCAGCAUGAAUAACACGUGUUUCGGUGCCAAGUAUCGAGGCAUUAUAGCACGCAGGAAUCAUCUUACAUGAACAAAUAUUUAUUUCAGACACUUUUGUCCGUUUUUGGGAUAGAAGAACGCACGCAAAACUAAAUAGAAGAGCUUUUCGACUCAUCAAAAAUAUGAAGGUAACAUACAUUCAAGAAAUUGAAGUAUAUGUGCUAUUAAAAAGAAACACGAAACGAAACAAAGAAAAGAAACAAAAAAAGCCGAAUCGAAGGAUUGGCUGCAUACUUAAAACCAACGAUAGAAUUCUAUUGUCUUGCAAUGCGUAUUGUGGGUGUAUUUAUUUUUUUUAAAUAAGAUUCUCGGUGAUUUUUUCAUCUCUUUAAUACAUAUCUUCAAACGUCCCCGUUGCCUUCCUUCUGCGCUGCGGUGCUUUCAUAAAACCAUGUUUUCUUCCUUUACUUCUUAUUUGCAUAACGACCUACGCGGUGAUACCUGCAUAUACAGACUUUCGGGGCUUAUUUAGUAUCUCGCAACCGAAUUGUCAGUCCAUGCUGUAGGGGGACGAUCCACAUGAGGUCCGAAUCCACAACGGGCAUGUUGUGAAAUGCCGUUCGAAUAAACGCGGCUACACAACACACAUCCUAUCCUACAAUCGAAGCGUCCUAAUAGUGCACAGACCAUCCCCCCCUCUCUCUCUCUCUCUCUCUCUCUCUCUCUCUCUCUCUCUUUCUUCCUGAUACAGCCGUUUCAACGUGAUACACGGAGCCUCGCUCAUCCGGUUCCAUAUUCCAUUGGUAUAUCUCUCCGACACUUUUUUGCGACAGUGCUCGCUACCGUCCCCUUACGCAGCUAUAUUUCCGUAUUCCCAUCUCUAAGCCCCUCUUAGAUGUACCCUUUCCUCCUAUCCCACAUUUCCCCAAGGAAUGCACAGCCGGACAAGGCACCACCGACGACUGUGUGGGCGUCACAAAUUGACC